AUGUCUCUGAAAGACAGUGACAAGGAGAAAGAGAUCUAUAUGGAGGGCAACUGUUCCUUUCCAUUCCACUAUGGAAACAAAACCUUCUAUGACUGCAUCAAGUUCAGGAUAAAACACAGCUGGUGUUCAUUAAACAAAACCUACCAAGGCUAUUGGAAGUAUUGCUCAGAAGAAGACUAUGCAAAGUGUGUAUUUCCCUUCUGGUACAAACGCCUGAUCUACUGGGAAUGCACAGAUGAUGGGGAUGCUUUUGGGAAAAAAUGGUGUUCCCUUACCCGCAAUUAUAACAAGAACAAGAUCUGGAAAUAUUGUGAUUGA